ACUAGAGAGCGAUGUGGCUGUCCAGACGGCGCAGGAACACCGACUUAACGCUCAUAAGAAGAAGAAUAACACGCUUUGCGAAGUGUCCCAUUUAUACCAGCAGGCAAAAUGUCGAUAUUUACACCCACAAAUCAGAUUCGCCUGACAAACGUGGCGGUCGUGAGGAUGAAAAGAGGAGGAAAACGAUUUGAAAUAGCGUGUUACAAAAAUAAAGUGAUGAGCUGGAGAUCGGGAGCAGAGAAAGAUCUGGAUGAAGUACUCCAGACCCCCACAGUGUUUAUAAAUGUGUCAAAGGGCCAAGUGGCGAAAAAGGACGAUCUGUCAAAAGCAUUUGGAACAGAUGACUUAACAGAAAUAUGCAAACAGAUUUUAGCAAAAGGAGAACUUCAGGUGUCUGAUAAGGAGCGACAUUCUCAGCUAGAACAGAUGUUCCGGGACAUCGCCACGAUUGUGGCCGAGAAAUGCGUCAAUCCGGAGACAAAGCGCCCUUAUACAGUGAGCCUAAUAGAAAGAGCCAUGAAGGACAUUCACUACUCUGUCAAAGCCACUAAGAGCACAAAACAGCAGGCACUUGAAGUGAUCAAACAGUUGAAGGAAUCCAUCCAGAUUCAGAGAGCUCACAUGCGACUCCGCUUCAUCCUGCCAGCCAAAGAUGGGAAGAGGCUGAAAGAGAAGCUUAAACCCCUCUUAAAGGUGGUGGAGAGUGAAGACUUCGAUGAUCAGCUGGAGAUGGUUUGCUUGAUAGAUCCGGGCUGCUUUCGGGAAAUCGAUGAGCUGAUUCGCUGCGAAACAAAAGGCAAAGGUUCAGUCGAGGUUCUCAGCCUGAAAGAUGUGGAAGAAGGCGAGGAGAAAUUUGAGUAACCGUCCUGAAUCCGACUCUACACACUGCUCACCACAAUAACUACUUACUUCCACAUUAAAUUAUUUCUCUCUUUUAUGUAUCAAAACUGUUUUACUUGAUUUAUAUAACAGGGGACUGAACUCACUGAAGCUUUAAGCAGCAUUUGUUGAAGUUUCUAGCUAAUUAUCUUUUUAUUUUUUUAUGGACCAGUAAUUAUAAUAGUGUCGUUUGGGCAUAUUUACUGUUUGAACUUUCAGUAAAUCUUCGUAAAUGAUUGAUCCAGAGCAAAUUAAUAAUCUUAACUCAAAUCACAAAACUAAGAGGUUUGUUUUCUGUGAAAAUUGAAGUGAUUUGUAUGACUGCAAGACAGGCAACAGAUUGAUUUAUUAAAAUAAAUAUGAGUACA